CACCCAGCCUCCUCCCCCCUCCGAACAAACUGGAUGACCACCGUUGGAUCCUCCGGACUCCAUCACAGUCAGAGCGGAUCAGCGAGCGGAGUCAGGCGGCUGAACGCAAACCAUCGCACCGAUCCGGAGGGGGGACAAUUCGGAUUAUGAGCCACAUCCGUUAUGAACACCCAGAUUAUUAAGCACAAGUAGGCUAAACGGAGCUCUCACACCAUCAGCGCAUCGAGGAUGAACGGGACUGCAGCGGCCGCGGGCGGAUCGGCUUCCUGCCGUUUCGCCCACUAUUUUGUUGUGUGUGGAGUGGACACGGAGACGGGCCUGGAGCCGGACGAUGGAGCUGGUGAGAGCUUUGAGCAGAGUCCCAUUUGCCGGUCCUUCAAGUCUAAGGUGCUGGUCCACUACCCUGAAAACACAGACAGGAACCCCUUCAACAAAGAUGCAGUUAACAUGCUCUGUAUGCCCAGAGGUCUGUCCUUCCGCACCCAAGCAGACAGACUUGAUCCUCAGUUUCACUCAUUUACAAUCACUUCUGAUGAUGGAACACGUUCCUAUGGUUUUGUUUACACCUUCUAUGAGGAGGUGACAAGUCCUCAAAUUAUCACUGCCAUGCAGACACUCUUUCAGAUGCACCAUGUAGAGCACCACUCCUCUUCGUCAGCCUCCUCCCCUGCUUCCUCGUCUUCUUCAGCCUCCUCGCCCUCCACCUCCAGCAUGGACUCCCUUGCGAGCAGCUUGGAGGAGUCGGAUGCUGAGUCUCUGGCCGGGGUUUCUGGACGCCUCGGCUGCGUGGGCUCAUUCGAUCCAGCACGUGACACCUUGUAUGUGUCCAAAGCCCUCUGCCUCAUCACGCCACUUCCUUUUCUUCAAGCUUCACGACAGUUUCUGACUCAGCUGCACCAGGCCGUGUCAUCGCAGACAGCCCCACCCCUCCCUCUGGAGAGCUACAUCCAUAACAUCCUGUACGAGGUGCCUUUACCUCCACCUGGACGUUCACUGAAGUUUCAUGGGGUGCAUGGUCCCAUCCUUUGCCAGAGACCUGGACCAGGGGAACUUCCUCUGGCUGACUAUCCUCUUGGAGAAGCGUUCUCCCUGCUGGGUGUUGAUAAUAUGGUGAAGCUACUUACCUGUGCACUUCUGGAGACACAAGUCCUGCUCUACUCUCAGGACUACCAGCGUUUGAUGACGGUGGCAGAGGGCAUCACAACUUUGUUAUUCCCAUUUCAGUGGCAGCACAUCUACCUGCCCAUCAUUUCUACGCCACUGCAUCACCUUCUGGAUGCUCCUGUGCCUUUCCUGAUGGGUAUCCAGCGCAGAGAUGGAGCUCAAUGUUCCACACUACAUCUUCCACAUGAGGCCAACCUGUGUUUUGUGGACAUUGAUAACCACUGCGUCGAAGCCCCUGAGGAUCUUCCUCUGUUUCCAAAUCAGACUGAGCUAAUCCAAGAGCUGAGUGAGGUGCUGUUGCAUUUUGGACUUCCACCACAGGGAGGAGUGAGCACAAAGCCCACCACCAGCACCACCACCUCGCCUCCUCACCUGAGCAGCCUGGUGCUGGAGGAUCUGAUGGAGGACAGAAGGAAUGGGAACCUUGGAGGCGAGGAGCUGGCAGUGCUGGAGAGGCUGCAGGCUCUGGCAAGGAAGUGUGGAGGAGGAAAAAUAUCAGAAGGAGGAAGGAUGCUGGGACAUGUGUUUAAGGAGGAGGAGGAAGAGCUGAAGACUGCCAAGCUGAAUAUUCAGCUGAGGGAGGUGUUUGCCGUUCGUUUUGCUGCCAUGUUUGGUAGGUAUGAGGAGUUCAUCAUCCACAGUGCUCUGGAUUUGGACUCUUGGCUGAGCAACCGAGAAGGAACCAUCAGCUUUGACAAGGGUUCCUUCCUCUCAGUUCAGCCAGCAACCCACUUGCACUUCUUGUCCCGGUUCCUAGAGACAUCCAUGUUUUCUUCUUUUGUGGAUGGGAAAAUAAUAUCUCGCUGGGCAGACAGGGAACCACUACAGCAGCUGUUUGACAGCCGUUUGGAGCGAGAGCGACUGUAUGACACAGGUGAUGAGGAUUCCCACAACCGUCCUCACAGGAAAUGCACCAUGCUCUUUGAAUCAGCUCAGACCAUUGAGCGCAGGUUGUUGAAGACUGACCACACAGCUAUACACCCCCACCUGCUGGACAUGAGGAUCGGCCAGGGUCGUCACCAUCCAGGAUACUUCCCUAAGCUGCAGGCAGAUGUGCUUGCACAGGCACAGAACACCAACAAGUGGUCCGGUCGUGUCACAGCAUCACGCAGGUCUGAAUCCAAGAGGUCAACAGUUGAUCAUGUAGGAGUGGACAAUGAACCCAGACAGAAACACACAUUUACAAGGAGAACCCUCCGUCAGUCUAAACUUCUCGAUCCAUCACCUCAAGCCAUUUCUAAGACUCACAGGGAGUUUGUUGAUGGGCUGCUGAGCGAGUGUCGUCUGAAGACCAAGAGGAUGUUAAUGGAAAGGAUGGGGAGGGAGUGUGUGGAACUGGGUCAGGGAGAGGCCAACAUCACAGGCCUGCAGGAAAACACACUCAUCCAUGGUCUGUGUGAUCUGCUGGAGAGAACCUGGGGCCACGGACUGCAGAUAAAACAGGGAAAGUCUUCUCUUUGGUCCCAUCUGCUUCACUACCAGGCUGCCCAGGGGAAAAUGGAGGCACCAGCUGAGUCUCCAGGUCCUAACUGCCCCGAUCAGAGGACACUUGAUGAUGGCACUUUGCUCCCGAAGGGGUUGUUAUUACAGGAUGUGAGGUUUAUCCAGACCAUGAGUGACAGUCUGUCUGAGGUGUGUCAGGCCAGAGCUUGGAUCCAUCUGGCUCUGGAGAAGAAAAUGCUGUCCCAACAUCUCAAAGAGCUGCUGACAAACCAGGAGCUGCUCAGGCAACUGUAUAAACAACAUGCAUUCCUGCUCUGUGAGGAAGAAAGGGAACAGUUUUUGUUCCACUUGCUUUCUCUCAACACUGUGGACUACCUCUGUUUUACACGCGUCUUCACCUCUAUCUGCAUACCAUAUCGUGUUGUCAUAAUACCCAUGAAGAAGCUGAGCAUUGCGAUGGCAACAGUUAACCCCUGGGUGUGUGUGUCAGGAGAACUGGGUGAUUCAGGAGUUAGACAGAUCCCAAAGAAUACACAAGAAAUCUUUUUUCAGUGCAAAAACCUGGGAAGGUUGAGCACCCUGCAGCUGGGAGUGCAGGAGAACUCUGGCCUGCUGGCAAAGUGUCUUAUUGACUGUGUGAUGGUGUACAAUGAGAUCACAGGACACACCUAUAAGUUCCCAUGUAGCCGGUGGCUGGGAAAAGGCGUGGGUGACGGCAGUUUGGAAAGAGUCCUCAUUGGUCAGCUGGUGUCACCUGGUGCAGAGGAGGAUGCUGGAAGGUGGACAGGGACACCUCCAGAGCUCGCUUCUCCAUCCCAGAGUGUGCGGACAGUGCUGGGAUCACUUGGCAGCAGGAGCAGAAUGCACUCUGUUGAAGUACAAGAGGACAUGAGGGAGGCGGCGAAUAACCUUGUUAAACAUUUCCACAAACCUGAGCAAGAGAGGGGAAACCUGACGGUCUUGUUAUGUGGUGAAGGAGGACUGGUGCUUGCUUUGGAGAAGUUCCUCCUCCAUGGAUUCAAAUCCAACCGUCUUUUCCAGAGGAAUGUGUUUGUUUGGGAUUUUGUAGAGAAAGCAGUGGUUUCCAUGGAGAUGGCUGAUCAAAUGGGUGACCUGCAUGGAUCAACUCUAAGAAAAGACCCACCAUGCGACUCGCUGUGUCACUAUGUCAAUACUAUCAAUGCCUCACCCCGAAACAUUGGAAAAGAGGGAAAAUUCCAGCUGUUCGUUUGCCUGGGAAUCAGGGACCGGCUUCUGUCUCAGUGGCUUCCUCUGCUGUCAGAGUGUCCCCUGACAGCUCGAACAUAUGAGGACGGAGCCUUGCUGCGAGAUCGCGCGUCUGUGCACUCCCUCUGUCGUAUUCUGCAAACGCUGCAUGAGUUCAGCGUCACCCUGGAAGCAGCACUGGUUAAAGGGGUUGACCUCUGACCCUGUCCAGCUCCUGAUCCAAAACACAGUGCAGGCACACUGAUGUGUUAAAAUGUUCAUCUUUCCAUCUGUGGAAGGAUACCUGCGAAAUGUGACUUCAUCAUCAAAACAGCUAGUGAACCAGAGGAAGACACUGGCUACUCAAGCACCAAACAUAUUGCCUUGUUCACUGAUGUAAAUGUCUUAUAUACUGUAUUUGCUUCAGGAAAUAGUCCUAUGCUUGUUUACACUGUGAAAUUCUAUUUCCUCAAGGAGAAAUAGAAUCAUUGAAUAAACUCACACCCACAAUAGAUACUUUCCCUGCAUAUAUCAUGUACUUUAUCUGACCUUUAGAACAAUUAUAACUGUCCUUCUACUUCUGUAUUGCUUGCACUUGAAUUUUAAACAUGCAUGGCCAGGAAUCUUAGUCUCAUGUCUUUAGGUGUUGUGAUCUAAAGUGUCAUAACUCAGGCCUUCUAAAACCUUUUUUCAUUUGGUAUGUUAACAUAUAUAUAUUCAGGAAAACAAUAUGCGCUCAUAAUAUAAUUUAAAGGAAAAAAAAGCUACAUUAUGCUCUUGUUAUACUGUGUAAUGUCUGGCCUAUUUGUCAUUGUUUAUGUCAUAAAAUCCUCACUUGGUAAAACACUGGAUAUAAACUGGUAUCCUAGUUGUGUCAGUUCAAAUAAUAUUUUGUCAGAAAGCUUUUUCGCCCCUCUUCUCUCAUUGUAAAUAUUUUGCUUCAUCAUAUCUUUCAUAGGAUUGCUCCAUUCAUUCCACUGGAAUUGUACCCAUUUGUUAUUAUGGUGUAAUAAAAUUUGUGGAAUAUUUUCCUGUAUAAAGGCAUCUUGUUUGUGUCUGUGGGCAGUAAUGGAUUCCAUUAUGGACAUGCUUCCUUAUGUGGAUUAUUAAACUUGUUCAUUAUUUCUAAAACAUUCAAUUUACUUUGCAAAACUCAUCCAACAAAUAGAGCACAGUUACGUGAAGAUGUUAGAUAUUAUGUUGAUGUUGCUUUUCAUUUAACAGUUGAACAGUUAUGAAAAUGCUGUCUUCACUAUCCUGCAAGCACUCUGUAACCUACUGACCAAGUGUCUGUUGUUUAAAUACAGAUUAGAGAAAGCAAUAAUGAGUUAUUUAUGAAGUGUACUGUUGAAAAUAAAAGUUAUUGACAUAAAAAAGUCAUUAUUCAUU